AGUGAACCCACGCAAGGUCAUUGGGAUACUUGUGAGGAAGCUUACCUCCGACGAUAGCCAAAUCCGCUCAAAUGCUGAGCUAAUUUUGAUUGACUAUAUGCUAUCUCAAAGUAAGGGCGGAUACGUUGGCGAUGGGUUUAGUUGGUUUAUAGAGUAUCUUCGACGAGGCCUCCCAAAAAACAUCCCUGUGCCAAACUCUGGCUGCAAGAUCAACAGUCCUGCACAACUCGUUUUAAAAUUCAAGCAAGCUACAGGAAUAUCAGCCGACCAUGGGGAUAUUCCUCUGGAUGAUCUACUCCGUGUUAUUAAGAAAUUAGGGGAAAUGAUCCCUUGCGCAAUUUGGAAAAGUUUUAUUGAUCGAAUGGUCAUAAAAACCUAUGGAUCCCCCUCUGACCAACUUUUGAUCCGUGUUUGGAAUAAUCUUGCUCCAUCGAUCGCCGCGAGUACUGAUGCUAUUGUAUCACUUUCCACUGCCAUUCUGGAGAUUAUGGAGCGCCAGGGAGUAUUAGGAGAAGAUCUUCUAGAAGUGGCUCUGGAAGUUACCGAUGAAGCGAUCGAUGACCUUCGUUUUGCCCGCCUGUCGCCAUUGUUGGUUCUCAAGACAAUUCCUGCUCACGGAUUCGCACGUGAGUAUAGGAAGUUGAAUAAGCCCUCUGGUGUUGACAACGACGCAAAGCCCAUUCCCGAAAAGAUGCGUUUAGCUUUGGCAGAACGAAUCGACAACCCACUAGAGUUUAGCAUAGUCAGAACUCUCUCCACAGCAAUUACUCACAGCAUGUUCCCGGAUUCUUCAUUGGAGGCAAUAUAUACGGGUAUGAGUAAAGUGAUCGGAUUGAAACCCUUACAAGUAGAUCAGCUUGAUUUAGCUGCAAGUCGGUCCUGGCUGUUUGCAAUGUAUGAUUGGAUUGUGAAUUGGAAUAUCCAAUCCGAUACCUCGGAGCAAAUCAGCAAAGCCUGUCAAUGGAUUUACCGGAUUAUCACCAACUAUUUUUAUCCGAUUGUGAGAAUUACUUCUGAACAAAAUGGUACGUUCACAACUGCUCCCCUUGGUCGAAUAACAGAAUCCGUAAAAAAGUUUCUAACCGCACUGCUACCUCUUAGUAUUUAUGAGCGAGCUGUAUAAGUUACAACUCGGUAUUGUUGACGUACUCUCAAAGACCAUAUUGUGUACGGCUCCAUACAACAGCGGUUGUUUUUCCAAGGGUUUGGAGCGGAUCAGCAAGGACUGUGAUACUUCAAGCGUAAAUGCACCAAUAGAUGAGCUUAGGGGUGAUGAAGUGAUAACCCAGGCAGAAAAUAGCAUAUCUCCAAUACCCAGUUCACCUCAGGAUCUGUUGCUAGCCAUCUUGAGAGACAUUCUCUCUGUACUUACGGACGUAAUUAUCAAGGGGAGCAGAUCCAACUUGCCCUCAGCGCUCUGCUUAAUUAAUGUACUUUUCAUGACGAUGCAAAGCCUGGCAUCCG